AGUUUGUGGAAACUGGAAAGUUGAAUACCUAGGGAACCCAAGAUGUCUUUCGAAUCGCGGUUUCGAAAGAUUCAGAGCUUCAAGGUCUACUAUGCUCCCUGCACCAUAUCCCAAUAUGUCUCCGAACGCAGUGGCUUGCAGGUCGUCGUGGCGGCCCGCAAGGGCCCCAAAGUCAACGGUUACUUCACCUUAGCCACUGAGAUCUUCGAUGAUUCGGGUGCUCCCCAUACUCUUGAGCAUCUAGUCUUCAUGGGCUCAAAGAACUACCAGUACAAGGGUCUCCUUGAUAAGCUGUCAUCUCGUGCCUACUCCAGCACCAACGCCUGGACUGCCACGGACCAUACCGCCUACACUCUCGAGACUGCCGGAUGGGAUGGCUUUGCACAGGUCCUCCCUGUCUACUUGGAGCACAUCAUCCUGCCAACGAUUACUGAUGAGGGGAUCGUGACCGAGGUCUGUCACAUCGAUGGCGAGGGUAACGAUGCCGGUGUUGUCUACUCGGAGAUGCAAGCUGUUCAGUUCCGCAGUCCUGAGAUCAUGGACCUGAAGGCCCGUCGCCUUCUUUACCCGGAGAAUGUUGGUUUCCGAUACGAAACUGGCGGCAUGACUGAAGCCCUUCGUGUCCUGACUCCCGAACGCAUACGCCAGUUCCACAGAGACAUGAACCAGCCCCGAAACCUUUGCCUGGUCAUCGUUAGAGAGAUAGGCCAAGAGAAAUUGCUCCAAAUCCUCGACGAAUUCGAAGACUCCAUCAAGGAUGACAUUCCUUCCCUUGACACCCCUUUCCAGAGACCAUGGAUUGACUCCGCUCAGCCUCCUGCUCUCAAUGAGUCCAAGAUCGUUACUGCAGAGUUCCCGGAAGAAGAUGAGACUGUCGGCGAAAUUCUUGUCGGCUUUUUUGGCCCAAACUGCAUUGAUACUACCGCCACAUCUGCACUUAACGUCCUUCUCACCUAUCUCUGUGGUUCAUCUGUCUCUAUCCUCGAGAAUGUCAUCGUCGAGCGCGAGGAACUCGCUAGUUCUGUUAGUUACUGGUGGGAUUCUCGCCCCAACUCCGUCAUCUGGUUGCGGCCUACGGGUGUCGCUGCCGAGAAGCUCGAGUUCGUUGAGAAGCGCCUGUUUGAGUUGCUGAAGGAGGUAGCUUCCAAUCCCAUUGGCAUGGAUUACAUGAGAGAGUGUAUCCGACGAGAGAGACGCCAGGUCAAGUACCACGCCGAGACCUCCGAGUCUUUCUACGAUACGAAUAUUAUCACAGACUAUCUCUUUGGAGAGCGUGAUGGCUCAACACUCAAAGAUCUGCAAAACCUGGACGAGUACGAUACCUUGGAGAAGUGGACGGACAAAGAAUGGCGGGACUUCCUCCGCCAGUGGAUCUCAGAUGCUCAUCACAUCUCAGUCCUCGGCAAGCCCUCUCUGGAGAUGGCCUCUAAGAUGAAGGAGGAUGAAGAGGCUAGUAUUGCCAAGCUCAAGGAAGAGAUUGGACCCGAGGGCCUUGCUAAGCUUGGAAAUCGCCUUGAAGAGGCGAAGACGAAGAACGACGAGCCAAUCCCUGACUCGCUUUUAUAUCGACCGCUGUCCGACACUGCUCGUGCUGGAUACGCUCGAUCUGUUGGCCUGGGCGCUGGGCCCGCGCAAAAGUCCAUCGAUGCCGCGCCGAAUGGCAAGGUGCCCCUAUUCAUCCAGUUCGAGGAUGUGCCGACAAACUUCGUACACAUCACCAUCCACAUCGGCACUUCUCAAGUUCCCGAUGAGUUCAAGCCCCUGAUGCCCAUCUUCAGCGACAAUUUCUUCAACACCCACAUUAUGCGUAAUGGAGAGCAGGUCGGGUUUGAGCAGGUCGUCAUGGAGCUCGAGCGGGAUACCGUUAGUUACUCCCUUAGCUCUGCUAGAUCCUUAGGCGAUGCAGACGGCAUCAUGAUUCAGUUUCAAGUCGAGCCGGAAAAGUACGCGGCGUCUGUAGAAUGGAUUCACACCGUGAUGUUCGACUCCAUCUUCGACCCUCAGCGACUCAAGGCCGGCGUCACCAAGGCCUUGGCUGACAUCCCCGAGGGCAAGCGUGAUGGCCGCGGCAUGGCCGGCGAAGUCGACACAGCAUUUCACAUGGAGAGGUCUACGCUGGUUGUCGCCAAGCGUGUCCUGUUCAACACCGUCCGGAAGUCCCUCUUCACCUUCCAGAACCUGCGGUUCCUCGUCACCGCCAGCCUGGCUACCCUUCCCGACCCCAUUACAACUUGGGACACCCUUUCAAAAUCUCUAACUGCUCAAGAGGACAUGGUCGAGAUUCCUGAGCCCGCGAGCCUGCUUAACGCUGAGGGACGGAACCCUGGAUCCGUGGGCGCAGUCAUCAUUCCCAUGACCACCCUUGACAGCUCAUACUCUGUCUCUACGGCCAAGGGUCUGGAGUCCUUCUACGACCGGCACCUUGCCGCCCUUACUGUCGCUAUCGGCUACCUAGAGGCUCCCGAAGGUCCCCUUUGGAAUGCCGUCCGUGGUGCUGGCUACGCCUACGGCUACUGCUUCUCGCGUAACAUUAACUCGGGUAUCCUCGCGUAUCGUGUUUACCGCUCUCCUGACGCCUUCAAGGCUAUUACCGCUUCCCGCGAUGCUAUCCGUAAGGUCACCGAGGGAGAGGUGGAGAUUGACCGACAUCUGUUGGAAGGUACUAUCAGCCAGAUUGUCGUCAUGUUCGCGGAUGAGCAGUCGACGACGCCCAGCGCUGCACAGCGGAACUUUGUUCAAAGCGUCAUCCACGGCCUGCCGAAGGACUGGGAUAAGGAGAUGUUGCGCCGCAUGCGCGCCGUGUCCUUCGACGAAUUGCGUACUGCCAUGCGCGAGAAUCCAGGAUGUCACAUUGAGAAUCUUGACACACGACAUUGGCACAUCUGAAUUCAUUGUGUACACAACCAAUGUGACGAAGGAGUUUUUGGAGAAGUUCCGCGAUCCUUUCAAGGCACCAAAGGGCGGCGACAACACAGAGGUUUCCGGCAUCAGGAUCGAUUACGCACGACUACCCAUCUGGCCCAUCCUCGGCCUACGAGAACGACUCGGCAAGGCGUUGGGGCGCGACGUGGUCAGGCAUUUCGACCCUCAGGAGAUAGAGACAUGGGAGAAGGACCCAGAGAAGCAGGACGGCGGCAAACGGAAACGCGACGUCCGUGACUCCAGUGAUGAGCCUCCACCAAGAGCGAACAAGUGGCAUCCUCGGUAGGCGUGGUGUUACAAGAGUCCAGCAGGCUUACCCGAUAGAAUUGAAGUGCUUCCUUUAAUCUUUAACGUAUCAUGACUAUC